AUUUUAUUCUUAUAUGGGAACAGCAUCACAAAGUAAUAAAAAUUUCAGCCCCUCAAAUAACAGAUUUUAUCAACUGUCAAUAUACAAAACAAGAUUGAAAACAUAAGUAUUAGAGGAAUUUUGAAAUGGAAAUUGAACAAUUACUGAUUGUUUCAGCCAAGAUGAUUUUAUCACUAGUUUUAGGUGGAUAUCUGGUGUUGCUCUUUGCACAUGUCAUCAAAAUUUUAUAUUUGCAUCCAAGAAAGUUGAGAUCAAAACUUCAAAGCCAAGGGAUUAAGGGACCUUCACCAAGUUCUUUUCUUUAUGGAAAUCUCCUUGAUAUCAACAAGAUUCAACUUCAGAAUCAGAAACAGCCAAGCCAAGAAACCAACAAUCAAGAAUUAGAAGAAAACAGCUACCCUUUGCAACAUACAUGGCCUUCCACAGUGUUUCCACAUAUAAAGCAGUGGCAAAUUCAAUAUGGAUCAGUAUUCAUGUAUUCAGCUGGAACUAUACAGAUACUUUGUGUAACUGAUGUAGAAAUGAUGAAAGAGAUAAGUCAAAGUACAUCUUUAAACCUGGGAAAACCAUCUUACCUAUCAAGAGAUCAUGGUCCUCUACUAGGCCAAGGCAUUUUCUCUUCAAACGGCCCUUACUGGGCUCAUCAGAGAAAGACCAUUGCCCCUGAAUUCUAUCUCAACAAGGUUAAGGAGAUGGUGAAGCUGAUGGUUGAAUCCACAAGUAAAAUGAUAGAAUCAUGGGAUGAGAAAACCAGAAAUUCAGAGGGAAAAUUGGAUGUUAAAGUGGACGAUUAUCUCAAGAGUUUGACAGCGGACAUAAUCUCAAGAGCUUGUUUCGGAAGCAGCUAUGCCGAGGGGGAACGAAUCUUCCUAAAACUUCAAACCCUUCAAAUGGUUCUGUCCAAGGUUCCCAUUGGAGUUCCUGGAUUGAGGCAUAUUCCAAGUAAACAUAAUAGGGAGAUAUGGAGAUUGGACAAAGAGAUUAAAGCAAUGAUGUUGAAGAUAGUACGAGCACGGAGAAAUCCUACUUAUGAGAAAGAUCUUCUGCAACUGUUACUUGAUGCUGCCAAGGGUUAUGAAGAGAGUGAUGGUGAUGGGCUACCAGCGGAUGUUUCUGCUGAAACAUUCGUCGUUGAUAAUUGCAAGAGCAUAUACUUUGCUGGCCACGAGAACACUGCUCACACAGCAUCAUGGUGCUUGUUGUUACUAGCUGCAUAUCCUGAAUGGCAAGCUCGUGCACGUACUGAGGCGCUUGAUGUCUGUGGUAGUGAGUUGCCAAAUGAUUCUAUGCUUAGACAAAUGAAAGUGCUGACGAUGAUCAUCCAUGAAACAUUACGUUUGUACCCACCAGUAGCGUUCGUGGUGAGAGAAGCGUUGCAGGAUGUAAGUUUCAAGAGAAUUGAGAUUCCAAAAGGGACUAACAUUGAGAUUCCGAUCCCAAUCCUACAUCAGCAGCCUGAGAUCUGGGGACCAGAUGCUCAUCAGUUCAAUCCAGAAAGAUUUAACAAGGGCAUUGCAAAGGCUUGCAAAGUCCCAAGUGCUUAUAUACCUUUUGGCAUAGGGAGUAGAACCUGUGCGGGGCAAAAUUUUGCAAUGAUUGAAGUGAAGGUGAUUGUAUCGAUGAUGCUGUCUAGGUUUGCAUUUUCAUUGUCCCCAGGUUAUCAGCACAGCCCUGUUUUUAGAUUUGUAUUAGAACCUGAGCAUGGCAUUAAUCUGUAUCUCCUAAGAGUUUAACAUAUUUCACUUAUCUGAUAUUUGUCAAUGCAUGUAAUCUAUCAAGGUCAUUUGAUCUAAGAAAGGCUUAAUGAGUAGUUCAUUAGUAAUGUUACAAAGAUUUAAUAGCA